ACAUCGUCAGCCAGUUAGGUCAGUUCUUGGAUGAACCAAUGACUUGUGGUGGCAAAAUGAGACAUCGUGGGUAUUGUCUUGCCCUCACCUUAGCUGUCCUGGGAUCAGGUUUCUUCGCCGUUGGGUCAGCCCAGUGUAUUACAUUGUGCGAUGGGGGAAAUAGCACCCAUGGAAACUCCACCGGUGGAAUGUGUAGCAGGACUGAGGGUUCGUGUGCUCCCUUUUCAAAUGCUACAUUUGACAGCUUCCUAAGCUGUGCUGGGCUGAGGAGGAUUAACGACACCCAGGAGCACAUUAACAGGCUCAAAGAAAUUAUGGACGUGGCCUUUCAAUUCUACUCAGACUCCUUCAUGAGUUUGAGCAGGGAUCUGCAGCCCAUCCUGGAGCUGAUCAAGGGACUCAGCUUCAAUGCCUCAAAGCCCAGGUUCCACGACGUCAACUUCACCAGAGUGUGGUUCCGGCUCAAGCUCAGGCCACGCCUGGCCUCUGUCACCGAAAGCCUCCUCGCCUGUCUCAGCACCAGCGACCUCACCUGCCAGACCUACCAGGCUCUUGUGAAUGAAUUGGAUAUGAAUAUCCUGAGUAUGGACCCUCAACGCCAAAGGAUAGUCUACAUGUCCUUCAUGCGCAGGUUUCUCGAGAGAAAUGAUACAGCAGGAUGCUCCAUCCAUGGGAACAACAGUGAGCAGUGGCUGAUGCGGAACUUUGGAUCCUUCUCUACCUUGGUUGACUAUGAAGACUUCUUUGCACUGAACAUUCAUUUCAGUGGUCUAUCAGUCCUGGCACUGCUGAGCCCGGAACAGAAGGCAGAGUUGGUUCUUCACCCCGGAAAUGGAGACCUGGACAAUGGCACUAUCAGCCUGGUCUUCCAGAGUCUGCUUGGGCCUCUAAUAAACAAUGCUCACUUGAAUCAGUCGAUGUACAAUGCAACAAUGAUGUCCAACAUGACUGCUGGCAAUGCCACAGGACCACAUGAACUUGACAUAACUCUAAAUGACUUCCUGUCAUUCCUGAGGCCCUUGGGUAGUUUCAUCAAGACUUUGGUGGGCAGCAUUCAAGUGAGGAAUGUGAGCUCUGAGAGACAGCAUGUUCUGGCCCAGGCAGUAGUGAACUGGAUCCUGGCAGAGCUGGCUGGACACAUCUCCCCCAACUUCACACUGACAAAUGAGACCAUCCCCAGCCAGACUCCCUCUCUCAGCAACUUCAACAUCACCAGCCUUAAGGACUGGUUCCAGCAUGUGGUCCUCCCUGCCCUGAACCGCUUCCAGCUCAACAACCAGACUCAGAUCCCACACAACCUUACUGCUGUCUUCAACCAAGUCUUCUCAUUAAAUCCUCCAAUGGGUUCUAACUCUUCCAUGUAUUCAAUGGUUGGUCCCAUGGAUGUCUGUCACAUUGGCAACAAUGAUGAUACGUGCUCGGUGUCCCAUGCAGCAGAAAACCUGGCUGUGGUCCUGAGAUGUGUGCCUCAUUCUAACCUGAGCCUCACUGGAGAAAAUCUGAAACUAUUGGUCACAGAGCUAUCCAAGACACUGACAGGACCACACACAAUGAUGAAUGACAGUUCGGGUUGGCCCAACCUCACAGACCAGCUUCCGACAGAUGGAUUCAGUGCUGAGAACCUUGGUGAUGAGAACUUCAUCCGCUUCUGGUUCCUGAUCAGACUGCGGCCCUUCCUACCUUCAGUGUCAGAGGAGUACCUAUCCUGCCUCAGCACUAGAGACUUCAGCUGUCAAGCCUACCAAGCCCUUGUCAUGGGGCUGAGUGAUCACAUCUGGUCGAUGGAUGAGAUGAGACAGAAACUGGUCUACACACGCUUCAUUCACCCAUUCCUCUCACGACACCGAUAUUCAGAUAUGAUGGGAUGCCCUUCAAAUGGGAGUUUGGAUUCAAUUAAGAGACAUUUUGGGAGAUUUUCAAUUUUCGCACCGCUACAGCACUUCUUUGAUGUGCAAAGAAACUUUUCUGCACUGGAGGCCCUGCCAGCUCUCUCUCCAAAGCAGUUAGCAGAACUGGUGCUGAUGCCUCACACUCCAACUCCACAGAGAGAUGACAUCAUCAACAGAGUCUUUGACCACCUCCACAAUGACACCAGACUCCGAGACUUCCUCCAUGAGCUGCAGAUGCUAAUAAGAGGGGCUAACCUUGAGUGUGAGUCUUUCACAAGCAUAUUCAACAGGCUGGACAGGGCUGCUACAUCGGCCCCAUCUGAUUUGGGACCAGUCAUCAGAGACACACAGGACUCCGUAAUGGAUGCUGCCCCUCCGGGUUGCAACGUCGUUCCCUUUAAGUUUGGGUGCUCUAUGACCCCCCCAGUCAAUGAGAGCCACAUCUGUGCUGGAGUGAAUACAACUAAUCUGGAAAACUACAUUGCUGGCACGAAUAUGACCCUUAUGCUCUGCAACUUUACCAUCCAACAUUAUGCUUGCCUGCCUCAGCGUACCCAGCUAAAACCAGAGCAACUCUCUGAGAUCCUGCAAUGCAAACUGUCAGGCAACCUGACCUAUCCCCAAAAAAUGUGGAAGUUGUUCUUCACCAAAUAUUCUGCAAUUCUUGAUGAGGCUCUUCACAGGUUUUCAAACAUGUCUUACCAGCCCAGCGGCCCAUCCAUCUCCCUGGCGCUAGAUGUAUUUGGGGAGGUAGUUAUUGACCAGUUUAGUCAACAUGACCUGAGAAGCCCAAACCACACCCGCAAGUGGUUUCUGACGAAUCUUCGACCCUUCCUCCCGCAAGCCUCCAGAGAGUUCCUGUCCUGUCUUAGCACCAAGAACUUCACUUGUGGGACCUACCAGAUUUUAGUGGAAGCUCUAGGUCGUCAACCAGCUAACCCUAACCCAGCUAACUCAGCUAUGGACAGACAAAGACAGCUUUUGAUCUACACUGAUUUCAUUGAGCCCUUCUUGAAGCGCAAUGACACCGAAGACCCCAACUGUGUCAACAACUCAAACAACAGCACUGACUGGCUUAAAAAGUACUUUGGGCGGUUUGUUGGUUUUGCACCCCUAGAAGAACUCAAACGACUGCAUGGAAACUUCUCAGUGGUGGAUGUCCUGCCUAUGCUGAGCCCCGUGCAGCUGGGGGAGGUGGCCUCCACCCCUGGUCAGCUCAGAAACCCUGGAGAUGUCCACAUGAUACUGAUUCAUGUGCUCCGCAGAGAUCUGGGCGAGUUCUUUGACAUUGUUUCUCCAGCUGUUGAGGGACUUCACCUUCCGGUGGAUGUGCGUCAGGUGCUCCUCCAGCAGGUGUUUGACAAUGCCAACCUAUCAGAUCCCUCCAUCAAAGACCCUGAGGUGCUGGUGUGGUUGGGCCAGAGACUCCGCCCACUUUUACCCAACCUGACAGAGGAGCAUGUGGCCCCCCUCUUCAACAUCGUCAGACACAGAGGCUGCAACAUCAGCCAAGAAACAGUGGCGUUGCUGAACUCUAUCCUACCAUCGCUGUCCAACGGCACACAGGCUGCUGUCCAGCAUCAAAUAAUCAUGUCUCUCAGAGAAUCAACUCCACUACGUUGCUAUAGGAACAACAGCUUCUUCAUGUUCCUGACACAAUCCUUCCUCAACUUUACAUUCCCAAAGUUGACCAACUUCCUCUCCCUUAUUCCACCACAGCGGGAAUCUGAGCUGCUCAACACCAUACAUCCCUCAGAGCUCGGCACCUUCCUCAGGAAGCCAGAGGUGGUGGACAACAAGACUAAGCUCUGCACAAUCUUCCGAAACUACAAGAAAACUCCUGAGUUCUUGGAAACCGAGAAUCUUCCGGAUGAUGUGAAGGGUCCAGUCCUGCCCUGCGUCUGGCCUUUGGCUCUGGCCACUGAUGACAAGGCUGAGGUUGACCGCUGGUUUGACAACAGACUGAGUAACUACCUGAAGUUCCUCAACAGAGCCCUGCUCCAGUCCUCUGACACACUCAACGCCUCCUGCUUACCCUUCAGGAGACUUGUGUCUCUACUGGGAUUCAAUCUCACUUUCAAUGGCUCAGCCAUAACUCAAGAUGAUGCGUACAGCACCAUAAAGACCUACCUUAACACGGGAAGUUCAGCAGCACCCAAGUGUUAUAGUCCCACUGACCCAAAUCUCAACUCCACUGCCUGGUUCCUUAACUACAUUGGUGUGUUCAUCACUUUUGUGACCGUUGAAGACUUCGACACGUUUGGCUCAGAGUCAACGCUACAACUAUUUGCCGUGAACCCUGUCAACAUUAAGUUGUUCAAUUUCGCUGGAGCUCCUCAAAAUCUGACUAAACGCUUUACUGAGCUUAUCUUCCUGCAGAACUCCAACUUCCUACCACUGCAGCUUCCACCACACUUACAAUGUUUUGUACCAGCAUCAGCUUACUCUAAACUCAAUGAGUCAGAGAGUGUGGUUGUCCUGGGCAACCUGAACCAAUCCUGUACUAACGUGGACUCAGAUAUUUCUUCCGCACUGGCAUCGAAUAUCCAAAUUGUCAAUCCGGCAUCAAUCACGGCCUUGGGCCCACAGGUCACAAGUCUGACCACUGGACAGAUCACUAGAGCCCCGCCCAGUGUGAUUUUACAAUCCCUGAGUAAUCUGAGCAGUGUUUCUGGAUGGAACUUGGGACAGUCCUUGUUCAUCAUACAGAUUCUCAUCACCCAAAACUACCAGAUAAGCAAUAGCGACAGUUUAAUAAACCUGGGCUCUUUAGUGGGAGGUCUUCCUACCCAAACACUCAUCGCAAUACCUGCGCAGCAGGUUCUAACAACAUCCGCCAACCCCAAAUUUGUUACCAACAUGCUGACUGCUCCAACAAUUGUGCAACAGAUCUAUGUUAAUAAGAUCAUCACAGUCGACAUGAGACCAACGGAGCUGAUAGUCAAUGUCCCAGAUGAAAUGGCAACCGAAAUUCCCAGGAAUCUACUGAAUUUCCCAACAACUGGAAAUCAAACACUCACUGCUCUGAACAUCAACAAGAAGAAAUGGAAACCUCAGCAGGCUGUGCUGUUCUUUGAUACAGUAGCAAAUGGAUUGAAUGAGCCUGAUGACCUUUCUGAGUAUGUGCUUCAAGGAUUCACUUGCUCUCGUGUCCAGACUUUCAACAAAAUAAAAAUUCAACGUCUCAUCAGAGCUUGCAGACGUAGGUCCGGUCGAAGAAAGGUGGUUCUCAAGGAGACACAGCUUACUUGCAUGUGGAACAACAUCAAAGGUGAAAGUCCUCAAGAUUUUGUCAACUAUCCAUCAGAUAUGUUGCUGUAUUACAGCUACACUAGCAUACAACAGACCAACUGCAGAUCCUACUUCAUUGAAACAGGACGAGCAGACUUCUCCGUCCUGUCCAGCACGUUGGAUGGAAGAAAGGUUGAUCUACUGAACAAUGCCAAAAAGUGCCUGAACAUCACAGGGACACAGCUCAGUCGAGAUAAUCUCGAGGUCCUGGGCAACAUGGCAUGUACUCUGGAUGAGAACUACAUUCAGAGCUCUGACUCUUACAUCCUGGAGAAACUGAAGAACUGCAAUGACUUCUCCGAUCAGCAGAUUACAGCUAUGGAGACAGUUAUCUGCAGUGGCAACACCACAUAUGGAAACCCAAGCACAUGGACUGAAAAAACUCUAGAGCAGCUUGACAUUCUUCCACUGUACUUAACAGAGAACUUCUGGAAACACAUCAGCACGCGGAACAAAAGUACGUUCCUGAAGAAAUUCAUGAAAAGACUACGUACAAACAAGACAAUGAAGAGGAAACUGAAGAAGCUGUUCAAAGAAUGCACCAUGUCUUUGAGAUCCAAACGAAGCACUGUAAAUGCAUGUCCAGACUCCCUUGGCAACAUUACUCAAGUGACCAUAAGUAAUGACGCAUUCCCCUUUGGGUAUGACAACACCACGUUCAACCACUGUCUGAGUGCCCAAGUAGUAACGGACAAUCUGGCCAGCCUGACUGAGAAGGUAGAUGAUGAUGACAUGCAAAAGGUCAUUUUGGAGAAGCUACACCAGGCGUACCCCAAAGGUCUCUCAGACCAGCAGGUUCAGGUGCUUGGGUCGGUGUCUCGCGUGGCUUCCAUGGAGCAGAUUAACAAGUGGAACAUCACUACACUGGACACGCUAGCAGCACUGAUGGACAAUGGCAAUGGAGAAUGGGACUCCGCCAAAGCCAAAGUUAUUUUCACCAAGUUCUUAAGUGCUGGCAAUUCGCUUGGUGCCUCUGCACUGAAUUCAAUUGGAGGGCCUAACCUGUGCGCACUGGACCUCAGUGUGUUGCAAGGCAUCAGAAAUGACAGUCUCCGAGAUGCAGAUGCUCUGGAAAUCACUAGCUGUUCCUCAGCGCAUAAGAAGGCCUUCUUUGCAGUAGCUGAGACCGCCUUUCCUAUCAACUUCGCCUUUCCUAUCAACUUCGCCCAAACCCGUGCCACUGCAGAUCAGCUAACAUCCUACCAGCUUAUUCAGACAUACCUGGGAGGUGCCAAUAUCACCUACAUACGGAGUCUGUCUAGGGUCAAUAUUAGCAUGGACAUCAACACUUUCAUUGGUUUGGAUUCAGCUGUCGUCCAGGCUCUUAGUGUGAGUGAAGUGUCUGGACUCCUCGGCUCCAACCUAAAUGACCUGAAAACCUUUGAGAAUAACACUGUAGUGCAGAACUGGGUCUCAAAGCAGUUACAGUCUGAGCUUGACAAGCUGGGUAUCGGUCUGACUGGAGGAAAGGUGGAUUCAAACACCACCCCCAUGAUAACAAAUACUGCCACCACCAUCCCCAAUACAACUUCCGGCCAGAGCAGAGGCACAUAUCCAGUUCCUCUGCUUUUCCUGUUUGGUCUCUUGUUCAUUGUCGUGCAAAUGUAGAUUCUAACAUUGCAAUAGAAGCAUUAUAAUUUAGGCCAGGUUACAAAAUCAUUUCACGUUAUAAUAUUACAUCUAUUUUUGUCAUCUAUUUUUAAAGAAGAAAUUAAAGCUGACAUUAUAUUUGACAGCCAAAUGAGUGCAGUAUGCAAUAAAUAUGCCAUAUAAUAUAGUGUUUUAUCAACUACAUUGCUCCAAUUGUAUUUUCUAUUGGUUAAUCAUUAAUAUUAAUAUAUCUACUGUAGGCUUUUAUUUUUAUAUAUAUAUGAUUUUUGUUUAUUUCAUUUUGUAUGUUGGGAAUGGGAAAGAAAUACACAUUAAUAUGAGGGUG